AUGAGCAAGCAAUUCAAAAUCAUCAUCGUAGGAGGCGGUAUCGCCGGCCUAGCUACCGCCAUCGCCCUCCGCGCCUCAAACCGCAAAAUCAUUGUGCUAGAACAAUCAUCCCUUAACCGCGAAAUCGGCGCCGUCAUCUCCCUCCAACCGAACGCCUCCAAGAUCGUCGAAAUGACAUGGAAUCUGGCCAAAACCUUGCAAGCAAAGGGGUCAAUGGUGGAUGAAGGAUUUCAGGUAUACAACCUUGAUGGAGAGCUACAAAUGCGAAUACCGCUUUCGACGAUGGAGAAAUACGGUGCUGAGCGUAUGCUAUAUCAUCGGGUUGAUUUACAUGAUGCGUUGAAGAAGCGGGCUACCUCAAAGGAAUGGGCUGGUGAACCUGCUGAGAUACUUGUUUCAAAACGUGUUACGCACUGUGAUUGUGAGGAAGGGGUUGUGUAUACCCAAACCGGUGAGAAGUUUCAUGCCGAUCUGAUCAUUGGCGCGGAUGGCAUUAAAAGCAUUAUUCGUGAUUCAAUAUUGGGGACAAAAAUACCAGCCCUGAGGACUGGUCAUUCAGCGUAUCGAAUGAUUCUACCAGUUGACAAACUCCUGUCAGACUGCAAGGCAUUUUGUGACGUCGUAGACCCUCGAGCUCCAUACACGACUAUGGUCAUGGCCCACAACAGAAGAAUGAUCAUGGGCCCAUCCCGAAACGGAUCGGUAUAUAGUAUCGUCGCCAUGGUUCCCGAUGAAGAUAUGAACGAAAAUACCACAGACACGAGUUGGACGACACAUGGGGACAUCCCCAAAAUGUGUGAAUUGUUCGCCGAUUUUCCUGAAUGGGCACGUGGGCCGUUGUCGUGCGUCAAAGAUGGUGAGGUCGGAUUGUGGCAAUUGCGUGAUAUUGAUCCGUUACCGACGUGGAUGAAGGGAAGGGUUAUUCUUGUUGGCGAUGCUGCGCAUGCGAUGUUGCCGACGCAGGGACAGGGGGCGAGUCAGACGAUUGAGGAUGCGGAGGCGGUGGGUACUUUUUACACUGAUAUUCUUGACGGAAAUGAUGCGCCGUUGGAGCAGAUCAAAGCUAUUAAUGAGAAGAUUUUCGCAUGUCGGUAUAGGCGAGCUACGACUAUCCAGCAGUAUAGUCGGCAAGCUGCUAAGCCGGCUACGGAGGAGGGGAGUGUGAAGAUUAAGAUGAGUCCGAGUGAGUUUAUGGAUUAUAAUUGUAGUUAUAAUGGGGCCUUAAAGUGGGCGAGACAGCAGACUGAACAGGAAAGGGUGGCGGAUGAUUUCAGGAAGAUGAGUAUUGCUGAGAGAGAGGUGAAGACACAGGAAGUGGCUCUUUAG